AUGGACCACCACUUCGCCUCCUCAUGGCUGAAGUCGCUCUCCAACAAACUCGAGUCCUUGGCCGAGUGGUCCUGGGUGGGCGAAAGGCAGGGCGCCACUGCUAUACAUCGGAACCUGUUCAAGGAGUUCUUCUCGGCUCCGUUUCAGAAGACCCUUGCUCUGGUCGAUGAGCAGAAGAAGGAGGACUUCCUCCGAGUCAUCGAGCGGAAUCUCCACAAGUUCGACCCAAAGACCCAGCAGUUUCCCUUGGGCUGCCUCUGUGCGCUCUUGCAGCAUGGCAAAGAUUCGCCCACCACUCAGGACAAGGUCGUGGCCUGGGUGGAUUUCAUCCUGGACCGGCUGCUGCGAAACCCGCCUGCCUCCCCGGCGGUCGCGGCCGAAGUGGCCGAGGAGUGCCUCUCGGUGCCCUUCCAGCGCCUGGUGCCCUUGAUGCGGGACACCCUGCGAGAGAGCCUGGCGGACGGGCUCGGGGAGCACGCCUUGCCCCAGCUGGACGAGGCCACCCAGAAGCGGCUGCUGGACGGCUUGGGCGACCCCUCCUCAGAUCAAAGUCCUUUGCUACCGGAGCGGAUCGAAGCCUUGGUGGUGAAGUGCACUGAGGAGCUGAACUCCUGGCUCUUCCAGGCCCCACAGUUCCCGGCCACGGCGCUGGCGCUGGCGGACGCCUUGGCGCGCGCGGAGCACCCGCUGCUGCGCUUCUUCACCGCGGUGCGCCAGGCGCAGAAGAAGGAGGCCUUUCUGGUGGCGGUGGCCUUGUGCUUGCACCACCUCCGCACCCGGUUCCGCUGGAUGUGCCUCACCGAGCCGGUGCUGGAACGCCUCAGCCAAGAGCUGCAGCAGCGGCUCUUCUUCGUGCCCAACCAGGGGCCCGUGAUGGAGGUUUGGCUCUCCUCGCGGCUGAAAAAGUACAACGGGGACGCAGGCGCUCGCAUCCAGGCCAUCUUUGCGCAGCCGGGGGUGCCCAAGUUGGAGCCCCUCAAGGCCAAGCUCUUGCCCUUCUUCCCUCAGCCAGUCGAAGGAGAAGGCGGAUGGCUCUCCCUGGAUGGCCCCUCCCUACUGGCGGACGCUGUAUUGGAAUGGCUGGCAGAGGGCACUCCCAGCUUCUUCCCGCGGCACUGCCUCUCUCGGGAGACCUUGCUGGGCCUUCUGAAGCGCACGGGCCGAUGGCUUGAGGUGGACAUGCAAAACGGCGCCCGCCUGUCCUUGAGCGAAGCGUUGCCUCCUCCGCCCCCGGCGACAGGAGAGCCAAAUGCAACCUCAGAAGGAGACGUGGACAACUUGAUUGACCUCCUCAUGAAAGAAGCCCUCGCUCCUGUGAAUCCUGAGAUGCGAGCGCGGGUGCAGAAGCUCAAUCAUGGCGUGUAUCGUGUCAGUGGCAAGGAGGUCACAUUGCACACCUUCAGUGGGCAGCUCUAUGUCUACAGAAUCGGCGACAGCGUUCAGCACAAGCCUGUGAAGACGUUGCUGGUGGAAGAAGGCCUUUUGCCUCCUGAAGAAGGACCUCCUCCCGCAAACCCGCCGCAAGUGGACACUUCUUCGGUGGUGCGCAUUGCCCAGAUCUCGCAGCUGGCGUCGGCCGGAGCAAAGCCAGGCCUGGCGGCAGACCGCGGCAGCGUGCUGCCGUUCGGCCUGGGCCGACCUCAGCCGCCGAAGCAAGAUCCGCACGCCCUGAUCUCCAAGCGCAUCGAGGCCGCCAGCGCAGCAGCGGAGAUCGCGAAGCAAGUGCUGCGCCGGCAGAUCGACUUCGAGGAUGAGGAGAAGUUGCGGAAGCUUCUCAUCAAGGGCUGCAAGUACGACCAAGACUGGCUGAAAGCCUACCAGGAGUAUUGCAGCCGGAGAAGAGUCUCCCCUGAUGCCGUGCUGACCGCGCCCAGGGAGUUCAUGGCGACCUUUGUGGAGCAAAACUUGCCCAACUCCAUCAAUCUGGAAUGGGCCCAGAAGGUCAUCCAAGGCAAGGAUAAGAAGGAGAAGAAGGAUAAGACCAAAGACAAGAAGGACAAGAAGGAGAAAGACAAGAAGAAGGAGAAGAAGCGCGAGCUUCCAGCCGAGGAUUUGGGGGCUCUGGGACUGGAUGGCAUGUUCCUGGACGUGGGAAAGUCCCUGAUGGACCGGGAGAUCCCCGUGCGCGGCGAGUGUGUGCUGUCCGAGUUUCUGACAGGCCGCCAGUUCCUUCUGGGCCAGGAUCUGACUCUCGCCGACAUAGGUGGUGUCUGCGCCUUUGCGCCGGCUUUGGCAUUGCUGCCCCUGCCCUUCCCCACCGUGCGGGCAUGGGUACUGCGGUGCCUGGACCACCCCGCCUUCGCCGCGCAUGCGGGGCUCCGAGAGUGGAUCUCAGAGCCAGCGGCGUGGCCGCCAGAGGAGCUCGGCAGCCUGCAGGCUGCGAUUCAGUCCAAGGGGGCCAAGAAGCCGCUGCUGCCAGGAGCUGAGACAUCCGCCAAAGUGGUACCAGAUCGCCCUAAGGUCACGCGUACCGCGCCCAAGCCUUCGGCGGAGCCGCCCACGGCUCCAAAGGCGCCUGCAAAUCGCCCGAGGCCGGCGGAAGUGACACCGGCUCCCGAUGGAGGCGGGUUCUGGGGCGCGGUGGUGAGCCUCAUCAAAUACCUCGUGCUGGGCCCCGAGGGCUCGGAAGCGCGCCAGGACAAGGCCAAGGCACGCCGUUCCUGGCGAAACUUCUACCCAGGCCCGGCGCUGAAUCCGGAAGACCCGGCCUUCGCCGAGGAUCCUCCCUGGUGGACGAUGGAGCAGCUGUGCUUCGGAACUCAGGACUUUCAGCUGGAGGGUGCUGAAGCCUACCAGUUCUGGGACGUCGAGGUGCUGCAGGACACCGGGGACUACGUGGCGAUCUUUAAGCCGGCGGGCGUUGCGGUGAGCAACAGUGCGGAGCCGCGCGCCGUUGCGACAAAUUGUACUUACGUUGCGGGACAGCGACUGGGAGCUCGGCCGGGGCAGCCUUGCCACCGCUUAGACAUGGGCGCCUCCGGGGUCCAAGUCUUCGCCAAGUCCCCGGAGGCGCUGCAACGCUUCCGGCGAGCACGCGCCCUCGGCCAAGCGCGGGUGCAGUACGUUGUCAUGGUGGAGGGCUGCCUAGCCGGUGAAGCUAGCGGCGCCAUUGAUGUGCCACUGCUGCCGUGGCAGGAUUCUGGGGGCCGUGAUCUCGGCAGCGUCGCCUGCGGCAAGGAUGGCCUCCCAGCGGCCACGACGUACCACGUGCUCGGCAGGUGGUGCAUUCCCGGCGCCGGGGUACCAGACCUCAGCUUCGCGAUAAAGAAACGCGGAGGUCGACUCGGAUCGUCGACAGGCGGUGGCCUUCUGGGGAAGAUCGCGCUGGUUUACUUUGCUCUUGGUCACCACUCACACGGACAGGAUUCAUCAGGUUGCUGCGCACUUGGGCUUCAUUGGGUACCCAGUGGUGGGUGA